CAUAGAGGAAUGAAGGGUUUGAAGGAUAGAAUCUAGAAAUAAUAAGAGAGGGACCAUUGAGGGACCUACCUUGAUUAUUCACCAGAGAUGUUGUGUUAUUGUGUGUUAUGUCAUCUUCUUCAAAAGGGCACACCAGGAGAACCAGGCAUUAAAGGUGACAAGGGUGACAGCAUCCCAGGAGAACCAGGGGAGAGGGGAGUGGCAGGUUUGCCUGGGCGUCGGGGUCCAAAGGGAACAGCAGGAACUAGAGGACUGUCAGGACCCAUUGGUCCCAAAGGCUUGGUGGGAAUGAAAGGAGAAAAGGGUGACCACGGCCUUCCCGGGAUCACGGGAGAGAGGGGCAGUCCCCUCACUGUGCAUGGCCCACGCGGAUACAAAGGCUUGAAAGGGGAAACGGGGGAAAGAGGACCUCCGGGCUUUGACGGAGAUAAAGGAGAAAAAGGGGAAGAUGGUCCUCCAGGAGGAAAGGGCUUGAAAGGAGAGACUGGGUCCAAAGGUGCUGUAGGUCCGUUUGGAGCCAGAGGAGCUGUAGGUCAAAAGGGAGACCAAGGCGAGCAAGGAGUCGAUGGUGAACCGGGUCGUCAUGGAGUGGACGGAUUGAACGGGGAAAAGGGGGACAAGGGGGACAUGGGCAUGCAGGGGCUGAAGGGGAGUCAGGUGAGUGUGUUGCACUGGCCUGAGGUGGGCAACACCUGA